GUGGUUUGCAGACUGGCAGGUCAAAUGGGCACGAGAGUACAUCCGAGGAAGAGUGCUUAGGAUUGGGAGUGUAGUAGUGAUGUAGCGCGUUGUUAAAUAUUUAUAUAAAAAUGAUAUUUUGAGGAGCUGGUCAGAGUGAGGCGAGUGUGUAAAACGGAAGACAGAGCAGUUUUUUGCGUGCCUGGAGUGGGAGUGGACACCUGUCCAUAAUGUCAAUGUUCAGCACCGGCGUGCUGGUCCUCACCUCCCCUCUCCACACCCUCCCCCUCCGCCUCGCUCCUGUCCUUAAAUCCGCCGCGAAGCUGGUGGAGCACACCCUCUACGUUCAUCUCCACCCCGGCCUUAACCUGGGAACAGGCUGCCCACCUCGGCCGGUCUUCAUUCCUCCAUCCGUGGAUCUCCCGGGCCUCAUAUCGCGCCUGUACAGCAAUGCAGCGGACAUCUGCUCUCACCUGGACGUCCGGCUGCUCCUCGCCAACAUCCAUGCCCAGCAGGACGUGACCCUCGACCCUUUCCCCUCUCCUCAGACACUUUCUCGAUCCCCAGAGGUUGUCAUGACAGAUUUCCCCAUAAAGGACUCGGGCCAGACGUCUCUGGUGGCUCGCUGCCUUCAGGUUUACGCCGGAAGCUGCUACGUGUGCGCGCCCAGUAUUUCCUCCGUUAUCUUGUGGCCACAGUUAAAGGAAGCGAUGGAAGAGCAGGAGGAAAACGUGAAGGAAAAUGAUUCAACGCCCUUAGACACGUAUGGAGACGUGGUGGUGGGCGGAACCUUCGAUCGUCUGCACGGUGCUCACCGGACCCUAUUGAAUAUUUGCUGCUUGAUGGCGAAUCGGCGCUUUCUGAUUGGAGUGUGCGACCAGGAACUGCUUAAAAAUAAGGUGCUGAAGGAGCUGAUCGAACCGUACAGCAGACGUGUGCAGAAGCUCCGCGAGUUCCUGAACGACGUCAAACCGUCCCUGCAGUACGACAUCGUCCCCCUGUCCGACCCCUUCGGACCGUCCGUCAGCGACGCCGAGCUGCAGUGCAUCGUGGUCAGCGAGGAGACGAGGCGUGGCGGCGAGGCCGUCAACAGGAAACGAGCAGAAAACGGGCUCCCGGAGCUGGUGCUGUACGAAAUUCCUCUGAUUAAAGACGCACAUCACGCGGACACCGAGGAGGAGAAGAUCAGCUCGUCGAGCCUGCGCACACGCCUGCUGGGCACGCUCCUCGCCCCUCCUACGCCUCACCCCGCCCUCGCUCGGCUCCCGUACAUGAUCGGUCUGACUGGAGGCAGCGGGAGCGGGAAGAGCUCCAUCGCUCGGAGACUGGAAGCGCUCGGAGCCGCAAGGAUCGACGCAGACCAGCUCGGCCAUGAAACGUACCGACCCGGCACGGCUGCCUAUCAUCGGAUCGUGCAGGAGUUUGGUACAGAUAUCGUGAACGAGGAUAAGACCAUUGACAGACGAGCACUGGGCAUGAAGGUGUUCGGAAACAAGGAACGAUUAAAAGCCCUAACCAGUAUAGUAUGGCCUGAGAUUGCACUUCUUGUGAAAGAAAGAGUACAGCAAGCUAAAGAAGACGGGAAGCAAGUGUGUGUGCUGGAUGCUGCGGUGCUGUUGCAGGCAGGAUGGACAGACAUUGUUCACGAGGUCUGGGUGGCCAUUAUACCGGAGGAAGAGGCCGUGCGGCGUAUAGUGCAGCGGGAUGGGGUGAGUCAGGAGGAUGCGCUGAGGAGAUUACAGAGCCAGUGGUCUAACGUGCAGCUGGUGGAGCGGGCCAACGUGGUUCUGUGUACACUGUGGGAACCGGACGUCACACAGAGACAGGUCAUGAAAGCCUGGACUUUACUUCAAGUUCGGAUAGAGCAGAGACAAGAGGACGCUGGAUUUCAGCCCUGAGAUGACCGUGUUUUCGCACUUAGUAGUUUGAGGUUUUAUUUUUUCACCCGAACACCACACCGAAUCAGGUUUCAGCAUGUAAAACAGGAACGAAACCGAACAGUCUUUAACCCCUGACCGAGCUGCUGAGUCAUGUCUUGAUUUCCAGCGAUCGCCGCUUUAGCUUUGUAUUUUGACUGGAUUUUCUACGACGAGGUCGGUAAAACGAAGACUUUCGGAAACGUUCUACUUUAGCGUUGUCCAAAACAUGAACCGUUUCAUAAAGCGAGUUGUAAAAUCCGUAUUAUCGUCUCAAUCAUGUCCUUCGAAUCGUGGGGUAGCGAGGAGCCGAGCCUUUUCGGAAAAAGGCCUUACUGGCGCAAGAAACAAAACUCGUUCCUCGUCCCGAAGACGUUUCACAUCAGAGGACGAGCCCAAAGUCGAAACGUGACGCUCAAUGAAAAAUUUACUGGGUGCAAGGCAGGAAUGAAUACUGGAUGAUUAAAUUGACUAAUGAUUGGAUACUGGUCUGUUCACAGGGUGAGGGAGAAAAUGCAUUAAGUUAAUUAAAUUCUUUAUUAAAUUAAAAAUCUUACAAAUUG